AUGGCCCUCCCUGGCACGAGGCCCAAACUUCCCGUAUCCGUGGAUAAACCCACCCCGUAUACUUUCGACCUCGGUCUCCUGCUCGCCGAAGACCCCAAUGCCAUCACCCUCGACCGCUCCUCGCUCGAACAGUCCCUCGCAGAAGUUGCCCGAGAUGGCGCCCAGUCUCUCAUCAACCAACUCCUCACCACCUGUCCCAUCAGCUCAACCAACGAUGGUGUGCUUCUCUCCUUGCCCGCCCCAUCAACCGCCUUACCGCGUGAGAAGCCUCUGCCGGAAGCGAAAGCCAAGACGAAGUGGGAGCGCUUCGCCGAAAAGAAGGGUAUCAAGGCCAAGACUAGAGAGCAGCGAAGAAACCUGGCAUAUGACGCGGAGAGUGGCGAAUGGAAGCGCAAGUGGGGAUACAAGGGUCUCAAUAAAAAGGGUGAGGAUUAUCCCAUCAUGGAGGUAGAUAUGGAGAAGGAGAGGGAGAGGAAGGAGGGAACUAGCAUUAGAGGUGACGGCCGAAGGGAGAGGAAGGAGAAAAUAAAGCGCAACGAGAGAAAGAUGAGGAAGAAUCAGAGAGAUGCCUUGAGCGCUAGGUAA